CAUUUGUCAAUUUAGCGAAUUGACAAAGUAUUACACUAUUUCAUCAUACCAAAUUAAAAUUGGGAUUUCUUUAUGUUGAUAUUUGUAUUUUAUUUUCAUGACUCCUAGUUGGUUGUUGCCUUCUUUCCGUUCUAACUUGUAUGAUGUACUAUGGUUGUGUAUAAAAAAAGAUUAUCAAUGGCAAUGUGUGCAAAAUAGCUACAAAUAUACCAUUCCUUUAGAAGUACCCGGCUUGCUCCUAAAAAUUACGCAGCAUAAAGUGUUUGGUUUUUGUUUUCCUGACAGACGCUGGGGUUCCUGCGGUUUCUGGAUUAUACUCCGCUGCUGCAAUAAAACCGAUCUUGUCGGCUCAUCUGACGCUCAACACAGAUGGACCAGCAGGCCCAGUCCUAUAUGCUUGCCAGUCUGACGCGGCCCCACUCUGAGCAGCUGUUGCAAGGCCUCCAGCUGUUGCGGCAGGACCAUGAGCUGUGCGACAUUGUGCUGCGCGUGGGUGAAUGCAAGAUCCAUGCCCACAAAGUGGUGCUGGCGAGCAUCAGUCCCUACUUCAAGGCCAUGUUCACGGGCAACCUGUCAGAGAAGGAGACCUCCGAGGUGGAGUUUCAGUGCAUUGACGAGGCUGCGCUACAGGCAAUUGUUGAGUAUGCCUACACUGGCACGGUAUUCAUCUCACAGGAAAGAGUGGAGUCCCUAUUGCCAGCUGCUAACUUGCUCCAGGUCAAGCUGGUGCUGAAGGAGUGCUGCUCCUUCUUAGAGAGUCAGCUAGAUGCUGGGAACUGUAUAGGCAUCUCACGCUUUGCUGAGACCUAUGGCUGCCAUGAUCUCUGCCUGGCUGCCACUAAAUUCAUCUGUCAGAAUUUUGAAGAGGUGUGCCUGACAGAGGAGUUCUUUGAGCUGACACGGGCGGAAUUGGAUGAAAUAGUGUCAAAUGACUGUCUGAAGGUGGUAACGGAAGAGACUGUGUUCUACGCCCUGGAGUCGUGGAUCAAGUACGAUGUGACUGAGCGGCAGCAGCACCUAGCUCAGCUACUGCACUGUGUCCGUUUGCCUUUCCUCAGCGUUAAGUUCCUCACCCGCCUCUACGAGGCCAACCACCUUAUCCGGGAUGACCACGCCUGCAAGCACCUCCUCAAUGAGGCCCUCAAAUACCAUUUCAUGCCUGAGCACCGGCUCUCCUACCAGACGGUGUUGUCCACAAGGCCACGCUGUGCUGCCAAAGUGCUCCUUGCUGUGGGAGGCAAGGCUGGACUCUUUGCCACCCUCGAGAGCAUGGAAAUGUACUUCCCUCAAACUGAUUCAUGGAUUGGGCUUGCCCCUCUUAGUGUGCCCCGCUAUGAGUUUGGAGUGGCAGUGUUGGACCAGAAGGUGUAUGUGGUGGGUGGUAUCGCCACACACAUGCGACAGGGCAUUAGCUAUCGGAGACAUGAGAGCACAGUGGAGAGCUGGGACCCUGACAGCAACACGUGGUCCACAGUGGAGCGUAUGGCAGAGUGUCGCAGCACCCUGGGGGUGGUGGUCUUGGCUGGGGAGCUCUAUGCCCUGGGGGGCUAUGAUGGCCAGUACUACCUACAGUCUGUAGAAAAAUAUGUCCCCAAGGUGAAGGAGUGGCAGCCUGUGGCACCUAUGACCAAGUCACGCAGCUGCUUUGCCACGGCUGUGCUGGAUGGCAUGGUCUAUGCCAUUGGUGGCUAUGGACCCGCCCAUAUGAACAGUGUGGAGCGGUACGACCCCAGCAAGGAUGCCUGGGAAAUGGUAGCCCCCAUGGCAGACAAACGGAUCAAUUUUGCUGUGGGUGUCAUGCUAGGGUUCAUAUUUGUGGUUGGGGGACACAAUGGGGUAUCUCAUCUGUCCAGCAUUGAGAGGUAUGACCCACACCAGAACCAGUGGACAGCCUGUCGGCCCAUGAAUGAACCACGCACAGGGGUUGGCUCCGCGAUCGUGGACAACUAUCUCUAUGUGGUGGGGGGUCACUCGGGAUCAUCCUACCUGAACACUGUCCAGCGAUACGACCCCAUCACAGACAGCUGGCUGGACUCAAGCGGCAUGAUGUACUGCCGCUGUAACUUUGGCAUGACUGCUCUUUGACCCAUGGCACCCCUGGGUAGGACUCCUUAAGAAGACUUAGACAAAAGGCUAUUUUUUUUCUUUCUUCCCUCCAUUCAUCGCCAACAGGCUGAGGAGGCCUCCACACUGCUGUGGAUCCCAGAGAGAGAGAGAGCUUGUUGCUGGAUGAAUGAGCCCGGCUGGCACCAGGGAACCACAGAUGGCCAGAGUGAAAGGGUCUGGGUGGAGGAGAGGAGCAGAUCACCAUGAAUCUUGUCACAGAGAAGAGAUGACUGCUGCUAGACCACAAUGACAACUUUUCACAGGACCGUGGGUGAAAACUGUCACUUUUUUAAUUGUAGACUUUUUAUUUUUUUCAUUUUUUUCAUUUUUUUCUGCUAUGAGCAGAACAUGUUCCAGUUGUUUUUUUUUCACUAGAUCUUUAAAGUAUGUGUGUGGCGCAGAGUGUCUGUAUGCUUGUGAGUAGACGCAUGAUUGUUCUUCUGUGUCUGUGUGCAGGACUAAAGCUCAGGCAAGGUGAUCGGCUCACAGUUUGAAAUGUCUGCAUCUAAAUCAGUGCUUCACAAAGAGAGAUCUGAAUAUUUAUAUUCACUUAAAGGGCUGCCUUUUUUUCUCUGUAAAUAGUUUAAAUUUAAAGAAAUGUAUAGAUAAUAAUAUCCUCUAGUGCAUUGCCUGUAAAUGUUUUUUUGCACUGGGUUACUAGUUAUGCUGUGUGUGUGUAUACAUGUAUUUGAUUCAAGGGUUGAGGUUGUGAAGGAUUAACAAACCCCACUGAAUUCUCUUGAGAGUACUUGCCACCUGUCUUUCAUCCUCGGAGCAAUUGAUAAAUCCCCAUCUUACGGCUUCUGUUACAUCUUCCUGAGGUUGGGUCACACUUCAUCCCUCUUCAUAAGUAUUGAAGUUAUCCUGUCCUGCUUUUCACUGUUGGGUUUGUACACAAUACUAACUGGUGCUAUUAGGAUUCAGCUGUUGUCUGUGUUGCCUCAAUGUAUCAGGUUUCUUUUAUUUGUUCUUCUGUGUUGUUGUAGAUGUUGGUUGUGCAUCAAAAUGCCCCCAUGCUAUAAAGCAGUGUCUUGCUAGAAGGCAAGCUUGUGACUGGAAUACCUCAACCACCAGUCUUUACUUUGAGCCCCGUUUUUAAAUUGGACUCGUUAGGUACCAUCUAUGGAUCCAUUUAUGAUCUGAUGCUUUCCCUCUUGAGCCCCACUGCUGUCAUUCGUUUAGCGAUAGUUUGUCUGAAACAUUGUCCCUGCAUUAUGAAGUAGUGGAUCUGGUUGUAUGGCUCACUGCCAAUUUCCUCACAAAGAAAGUCUGAGAUUGUUGGUCUCUAAUGGGUUAGGAAGAAGCCUAGCGGUUAAGAGUGUUGGGCCAGUAACCGAAAGGUCACUGGUUUGAAUCCUUGAGCCGACUAGGGGAAAAAUCUCUGUGCCCUUGAGUAAGGCACUUAACCCUAAUUGCUCCUACAAGUCGUUCUGGAUAAGAGUGUCUGCAAAAUGCCUAAAAUGUAAUGACCCCUACACCCCCGCUCUCUGCUUGCUCUGAUGAAGCAUGUGUGAGAAGCCACAUGUGGCCAAGGUCUUCCUGAGGAGCUCAGGCAAGAGUACAUAUACACAGCCUUGUGAAGUGCCAAAAGAUUACCUGCUUUCACAAGUCUGGUGUAACUUUCUCCUGUGUGCCAGAAUCAAAAGGGUUAUUGUCACUGCUAAUGCAUAGUACGUGUGACAUUCUGUCAUAUGGAUGGGGUGGAUAUGGAGCAGUAAGGGCUGUGUUCUAUGUCAAGCAAAAUUGUCACUGUCACAGAGAGAGACAUGGCAGACAGACAAGGGCAUGGAGACAUGACUGAGCUCAAAGUGCUCGCCUGGGUUAAUGGCUGCAGGCCGAGUCUGGGUGUUGUAGCCUUGGGGCCACGCUGAAGGACAGGUAACAUGAGACUAUAGAUCAAGAAACUCAGUCCCUGUUGUUGGUCCAGAGUGUAAGAGCAGUUUCCUUGUAUUGUACAUUUUAUAGAUGUUUGCACAUGAGGAAAACUUAAAGGGAGCUCUGCAUUGCACUUACUGGACUUAUUGAUGAGUGGUGCAAUUUCAAUUUGUACAUAGGUCUCAAUUUAGGUUCAUGGAAUUUAAACAAUGCAAUACAUUUGUGGAUAAUUAUUUUUGCUUUGAAUUUAGCCUCAAAAGUCAAGGCGUAUCAUUGCUGUGACGUUAUCACACGUUUUAUAUUGUCUGAAAGACCACCACCGUUCAAACCUUUUGUCUCUGUUUUCCCCAUCCCACUUUGCAUCGUUUGCUCUCAUCUUUGAAGAGCCAUUAACAAUGUUGUGCAAGUCAAUUCACAUGUACUGAGGAAAGUUUGCAGACAAUCAAAUGGAUUGUAUUCCAGUAAAAAUUCCAGUUUGCAUGUAAUGUAAGAUUGGCACAAGACUGACUGUAUGGGUCUUGCUCUAAGCCAUCUGAUCUAGUUACUCACCAGAGAGCAGCCUUGCAGUUACAGUGCUGUGUUGUGUUCCAUUUACACACUUGGCAAUUGUGAUUACCUAUACUCUUUAGCUCUUACCCUCUAAACGUUACCUUAGACGUAAUAAAUUAAGAUCAAGGGAAGCCCUGCCCCCCAAACAAACAUCUUAAGACUGUUUAUUCUUGCUCUAGCAAUAAGAGACCAUUGUCAGCAUCUCAGCAGUAUGAGAGCUUGUCUGAACAAGCAUGCAAGUUCUUCACUUGACUUCUCUUCUUUAAAUGCUGAUGGUUGAAUCUUAGUUGAUGUUAAAUUGCCUUUAAAAGUGAAUUUAUUACUAAAACAAGUUGUUUCAUGGUUAGACCUGCUGCUGUUUCCCCCCCAUCUUAGAAUAGUGGGCUUUAACAUUUCACAGUGGAAACAUCUAAAUUAAUCUACGAUUGCAAAAAAAGUUUACGCUGCCAUGGGGUGGAAGUAAAUAUGCCAUUUCAACCUGCAUGAAUGUACAGCUCCUAUUCACAUAACCAUGAAUUGGUUUUCAUUUUCUUCAAUGUCCUUCGUAUGAAUAAUCAACGCAAAUCCAACAUAUUGCAAUAGGUGAAAUAUGACAUCCUUGGAACAUCCUAAGAUAACUUAGUGCACAUAGUAUAAAAUGAACUAAUACUGUAUUACAUUAACCAUUUUAAUUUAAUAGUCUUUUCCCUUUUAGAUUUUCUUGCAAUUGGGCUUUUCUGUUUCAAUUCUUGAUGUUAGGCAAAUUAGGCAUUUGUCCAUCCACAACAUCUUGGGAGGAUGAGCCAGAACAGAGUGAAAAUCACGCAGGCAUGAUUGUCUGCAGCUGCCAUCCAUUGUCAAGCAUUUGAUACUACAUUUUGAAAGAUGUUAUCCUUGGGGAUAUUGAAGACAACAUACAUUUUAGGGAUGAAUGUAUACAGACUUAGUCUUUACUGUGCUGUGGAGGGACAUUUUUUGACCAUACGUGCAAUCUGAAAACGUGAAACUGCAAAAUGAAGGGAUGUAUAGCUAAAUGUGAAUUUUUUUCAAAGAAAAAUAAGUGUACUUUUAUCAUGCCCUAACCAUGUCUUGUUUUGCCACCACUCACCAAAGUGCUUGUUUUAUUUAUGAAUGCAGAGGGGAUACUAAAAUCAAGUCUGGAGGAAGUCAUUUGAAACUGAUGUCAAUGUUAGCCAAAUUAUCUCUGCUUCUUUUACAUUUCCCAUGAGUGUCUGAACUGGCUUAAGGUGAAAAUGUUGAAUUCUAUAUCCUGUGGAUUAUUACUGGAACUACAAGAACCUUGAUGUAGAAGCAGUAUUUUUGUUUCCAAAAUGUUAUCAUGCUUUGAUUGAACAUACAUUUUAGCCAGUUUGUGUGUGCCGUUGUACCGAGUUAAAAUGAAUAAAUGCCUGCCUUAAAGGCACGCUGUUCUUUGGCUCUUGUUUCUUAG